GAGGUCAGUGCACAAACACGUUGUUCUUUUUUGGUCUUGAAUUAAAAAUAACUAAUAACUCUGCCCUCGAUAAACCUCACGAAACCAUAUUUAUAUAACGCGUUCAUGUCAGUAGCGGAGGCGGUUGGAUUACACCCUAAAUCACCUGAAAUCUUAAGUAGUGCCUUGGCUGUGGAGAGAUUGUAUCAGCAGCGAAGCCCGAAAUAUGGAGUAAUUGUCGUUUGUGUUAAACACGUUGUUAAUGAGACAAGUGAUGUUCCGUGUUUACAUCACUGGCAAGGACGGCGUAGCCAAGAGGUGUAAUCUCGGAGGGGAUUACCAGCUGGUUGUCAAGGACUCCAGUUUGUGUCUGUGUGGGGUGAAGCUGCACCAGGUCAUAUAUGAAUGGCCGUACCCAGACAUAAGAUGUUACGGGUAUACGGACAAGGCUUUUAAUUUUGUAGCUGGUCGAGCUUCAACUUCUGGAGAAGGCAUGAUUUCUGUCAAGACAGGAGAUGGGUUCGCAAUAAACGAAGCAGUCAACGAGAAGGUUCAGCUCAUGAAGAAAAACAUGGAUCUUGAGUCACGUGGAGAAAACCCAACUCCUCCCGCAGAUGGAUCUGGAGAUGACCGGCCUGAGUACACGGACCCGUACAGUGUGGAGACCCAAUCUACAGACGAGGCUGGGAUGUAUGUGAACCAGUAACAGCGGGGAAAGUUUCUGAUU